AUGAAGUUGUUGACUGGCUAUCCAAGCAUACUUUUCGACCACUGUUCAACCAGUAUAUCUGCUUCAAGCAACACCAACAACACCGGCAGCAGUUCCGGCACCAAUCUGCCAGUCUCCCAACCAUCCUCCAUGCUCUCUGCUAAAUUCUCACUACUUCAAUAUCUGAGAAACGCUGGAAGUCGGGCUGCCGCUGUUUCUCGAGGCCCUGACUCAGAGCCGGAUCAUGGACAACUUGGAAUCGGAUUGACCACAUGCCUUGGCAGCAGUUGCUCGACUUCUAGUCAACUCAUGCCAGACAACCAUCACAUAGGUGGCAUUGGAAUUAGUGAUAGUAGUAACAGUUCUAGCGGUACGAUAGUAAGGGGCGACAGUGAUGUAGCCGCUGUGGAUAAUGCCGGUCUUGUCCUACAUACCCCUUCCUACAUCGAUGUUGGUCCUCGCUCUUGGAACCGUCCUAUGUCAACGUUUGUCUCUUCUCUCUCAUCGAAUCCUCCAUGCGCUGAUGCAACAGUCCCUUUAACUUCAUCAACUCAUUCAUCUCGUCGUAUCGGUCAGAUUCCGAGUCUAUCUGAGCUGAUAAACCCUCCGCCAGCGCCACCACCUUCCUUAGCUUGCACCUCGCGUGCGCGUAGUCGAGGCCUCACUCGAGCCUCGGCCCUAUCUGCCAUACUCUCCAACCUCCGUCAGUCACCCAGUCCUUUGGGGCAAAUUGGCUCGGCCUCAAGACCUAUAUCUUUGGAUGACAGUGUCCAAAUCAUCAGAACCGAGCUUCCUCCUGCGCCAUCUCCUUCGGUACCUUCGGCAGUCACACGCAGCUCUAUUCGACUGGCUCCCCUACCCGUAGCGCCUUCUAGCAGGGUUCUUCGUUCCUCUACAAGGCAGCGUCUCACCACCCCUGGUAUCUCACCUGUUCUGUCUCCAUCUUCCAUAGCUCAGGUCACUUCCUCCUCUGCUAGCUCCAGUUUAUCGCCUAGCCUCUUGUUGCGUCUCACUAGUGCUCUCUCACGUCGGCCCCGCUCAUCCCUUUCUUCGGGUUCAAGGGCUUCCAGCUCUAUAGGGUCCCGUGGUCUGGCUACUAGGCAUUCAGAGCAUACUAUCACUGCUGCUGCCGCUGCGCAGGAAGUGCGACGCGCACUUACU